CUUCCAAACCCAGGAUGGCAGAGGAAUGGGGUGCACAGGUGUUUGCUGCCAGGCGGCACAAUGAAGAUACAACGAGGGGCUCUGCAUUCACGUACACAAACAGCAAUCAUACCAGAGAUCCUUUUGAGGGACCAAACUACCAUAUUGCUCCUCGGUGGGUUUACAACGUUGCUACAGUAUGGAUGUUUUUUGUGGUCGUUCUAUCAGUCUUCACCAAUGGCCUCGUUUUGGUGGCCACUGCAAAGUUCAAGAAACUCCGUCAUCCCCUUAACUGGAUUCUUGUCAACCUUGCUAUUGCUGAUCUUGGAGAGACGGUCUUUGCCAGCACCAUCAGCGUGUGUAAUCAGUUUUUUGGAUAUUUCAUUCUGGGACACCCAAUGUGUGUCUUUGAAGGCUAUAUCGUCUCAACUUGUGGUAUUGCUGCUCUUUGGUCCCUGACUAUCAUCUCUUGGGAGAGAUGGAUAGUUGUGUGCAAACCUUUUGGAAACGUCAAGUUUGAUGCCAAAUGGGCCAUAGCUGGAAUUGUGUUCUCCUGGGUCUGGUCUGCUGUGUGGUGUGCUCCUCCCAUCUUUGGAUGGAGCAGGUAUUGGCCCCAUGGACUGAAGACAUCCUGUGGACCUGAUGUGUUCAGUGGAAGUGAAGACCCUGGAGUUCAGUCCUACAUGAUUGUUCUUAUGAUUACAUGCUGCAUCAUUCCUCUGGCCAUCAUCAUCUUAUGCUACCUGGCCGUGUGGUUGGCCAUUCGUGCUGUUGCUAUGCAGCAGAAGGAAUCUGAGUCAACCCAGAAGGCUAAGAGGGAAGUAUCCAGGAUGGUUGUUGUGAUGAUCCUGGCUUACUGUGUCUGCUGGGGACCUUACACCUUUUUCGCCUGCUUUGCUGCAGCCAACCCUGGUUAUUCUUUCCAUCCUUUGGCUGCUGCAAUGCCUGCAUACUUUGCCAAGAGUGCCACCAUCUACAACCCAGUUAUCUAUGUCUUCAUGAACCGACAGUUCCGCACAUGCAUCAUGCAGCUCUUUGGAAAACAGGUGGAUGAUGGUUCUGAAGUGUCCACAUCAAAGACAGAAGUGUCCUCUGUGGCUCCGGCAUAAACGCCUAUUUCUCUGGUUGGGGGAAAAAAAUUCUGAUCUGCACAAAACUUUGUUCUUGCAAUGAACAAAGCUUUAUAGCAGUUGAAAUGUUAUUUGUGUUGUAAAUAUAAUUCCUAAACAGAUUAAAUAGCUGUUACAUUUUUUUAAAUCUAUUUUUACCUAAAUAGAAUUCUUGCAGAGUAAAAAAGCAAAAAAAAAAAAAAAACAUUUCUCAGUGUAUAUGUUACAAUAUUCAGUUGAAUAAAAUAUCCUGAAGCAUGUGUA